AUGAAACCGGGGAAGACUAAUGACGGCAAAGACCAGCGUCGGGCCAAGACUUUCACCGGUUGUUGGACAUGCAGAGCACGGAAAAUCAAAUGCGAUUUGCGCCGGCCGGGUUGUGCGAGAUGCGAGAAAUCUGGGAUUCGGUGCGGGGGAUAUGACAUAAAGUUACAGUGGUCGCAGCCUUUACAGUUUAAUCGGUACGGUCAGGUUGUUCCGGGCGUCAACACAACAACCUCAUCAUCAGGCACAGACGAGCCCUCGUCUCAGCGACGAGAUAUAGCGUUUGUAAGGUACAAAGAGGAGUACGAAUAUUAUGAGGACCUGGACGACGAACUGUCGAAACUGCACUCGCCGCCUCUGGAUCGCAUCGCAAACAAUCGAACUUGGAUGAUCAAGAAAUUCGCGGUUUUUCGCGGCACUGACAAGGUGGAAAUCAAACAUGUUCCACGCCGCAAGAGACGACGGGGUACUGAGAACUCGGAGCCAGAAGGCAGUGCUCCAAAGAAAACGAUAGUAGAUCAUAAAGAAGCGGGCCUUUUGGAUCGGGAGGAAGGUUCGGACCUCAACGGACUGGUGCAGUCGCGUCUUCCGAGAAGGCUGGAUCAAGACUCGGAUAUGGCAUCAAGCUCAUCAUUGCCGAGUACUGAAAGCGUGGCCAAUCUAUUCAAUUUCGAUUUCUCGUCAAUCAACUUCACAGGUCACGAAUGGAUAUCUAACGAGCUGCGAGACGACGCUCUGCUUUCGGCCUUCACCAUUCAGGGUCAUUCGAAUGAGCUAUACAACUCACAGCAUGAAAAUUCACACCAACCUGAAUAUAACGGCGACAACAAUCGACCAACACAAGAAGACUCAUUCGAGCGCUUCGGGGGCACUGCUAAUGAAGACCUAUCGCAAAUAUACAAGAUCUUGUUUCACAGAAGUGAGGAAAGAUCGCGAUCAAAGACAGCCCCCAAAAACUUGGCUGUUGAGGGUUCGAAUCGUAGGUCAUCUAUCGUUCCUCUCCAAAAUAUGAUUCUGAUAGACUCAGUAAGCGCUGAGGGUCAUAUGCCGAAAGAGGUUUUAGAAGUCGUUUCUUCCGAAAAUCCUGAUCCCACAAUCUUCAAUUUGCCAAACAACAACAAUCUGCUCCUUCGCAUACCAACCACGGGCCUGAAAGCUAACGGACUCACACGAUUCCUGCUAAACUACUAUUUACAAAACGUCGUGGAUCUCAUGACUGUUGUGGCGCUCCCGACUAACCCUUGGCGCACUAUUUAUUUUCCACGCGCAUUACAGGCCAUCGGAGAUCUGGCGGGCAUAGGAUACACGUCCAACUCUCGAAAUUCGCUUCUGAAUGCCAUUUUAGCGGUUUCGUGUUUUAACCUCCAGAGUAAGUUCCCCAAAAACUCUCCUGAGAUGAAGUACUUUUUGCAUCUUGGCAUAGAACUCAGGGGACAGGCCUCGGAGUUUCUCAAGACUUGUCUCGAUUCAACAGUUAAACAAGAAAGAUACAAAGACAUCGUAACAGCAAUUUUAUCAAUGAAUUCAAUUGAUGUGGUAUGGGGGACCAUGGCCGACUGUCAGUACCAUUUGAGUCUUUGCGAAGAUUUGAUCGAGGAGCGGAUGAAAAGCCGGCCCAAGAUAUCAGAAAAGGCAAGAUCCUUGCACCGAAUCUUUUCGUUUUUAAAGCUGAUACAAGACAGCACAGCUUUGGACAAGGUUAGGGAAAAUGAGAUAGUUGUUAAAAACUCGGGUGCUGAGGAGGAAGGUGAAGCUGAAGAUGAAAGCUACGGAAGUCCUCAUGGCGGUGGCGAGUUCCAAGAGGCACUGGAUAAAGUGAACGGCAGAAUUCGCAUUGAGUACGUCAGGCUUUCGGACUCAAACCCUAGUACUCCGAUUUUCACCAGCAUCGCAAGUCAAAACUACUACUAUCCACACGGCACUACGAAGAGCAACAACUUUCUAAGCACGGACGCCCUGUAUGGGCUCCCAAACUCGAUCAUUCUUUUGUUUUCCGACUGCGUAAGGCUGGCACGUCAUCGCGAGUACUACCGUAUGCAUUCAUGGGAGGUGCCAAAGGGCUUCAAAAAACUUUGUAUGAGCUUCGAGGCGAAGCUACUAAACUGGACUUCCGAAUGGGAGUUUUACAAGCCGCACACGAAAGAGUUUGUCAACGACACUGUCGAGGGCGUUUAUCACCACACAAUGAGUUUUUAUCAAAGUCUUAUUAUCUACUACCGCACGCGAAUUGAAAGCCGACCAAACGGCGAGGUUCAGUCCAACGUUCUCGAGGUGCUUGUGCAUUUAAACAAGCUUACAAGCCUGAUCAACAAAAACGGCAUCAAGAUCGUCCCGCUCAUUUGGCAGGGUUUUAUGGCCGGGUGCGCCGCGAUCGACCCCAAAUUACAAUUACGAUUCAAGGAAUGGGCUGCAAAGCUCGCGGACUCUGGUAUGGGAUCGUACUGGGGCGCAAGACAAAUCAUGUUCGAGGUAUGGAGACGACGCAUGAACGGCGAAAACUGUGAUAAUUGGUUCGAUGUCUAUAAAGAUUGGGAUAUGAAUUUGAUGCUCUCUUGA